AGUCUGUCAUGAUGAUUGAUGAAUGAAGUUAAUCGAAUCACAAACAAAAGAAAUUCAAAAAUUUCAUUUCCAGAAGUCCAAAAAUAAAAUUUGUUACCAGAAAAAUAGCGGAAGAAUAAAUUUUUAAGUAACGUUGAAGCUUAUCUUGUUAACGUGUGGUCGUGUGGAAGCUUUUUUGGGCUCACAAAUAGAAAACCGUCGCCCAUGCUUAUUAUCGUCUGAAGACCAUAAGUAUGUAGGCAGGGAGUUUUUCCAGUUUGAAAUUGUGUGUGAAAACAUAGGAAAGUAAACUUGAUUAACUUUGGCCAAAUCGCUGUUUGGAAUUCAGCUAUACAACAUUUGAAACUUAGUCUCAGCCAAGCCAACAGAUUUCGGUUUUGGUGACAUCAAAUGGAAAGAAUGCCAAAAGUCGGGAGGAGACACAAGUGGCGUUUAGUCCAAGAAAAAGGCUCUUUCGCCUGCUCACUAUGUCCCUACAGCAACGAUUUGCGGCACAGGUUAAAAGAACACUAUAAGAAAGUCCACGAUAAGACUAUCGGAGAUAAUGAGUGUUGCGGUAUCAGUUUUACCAGCAAAGAGGACCUUAAAAACCACAUCUCUACAAGUCAUCUUCAUAAAUACAAAUGUCCUGACUGUGAUAAAAAUUUUACUUCCAAAUUUGUACUAAAAAAUCAUCAGAACUUUGUCCACGGUGAUUCCAAGGAAUUCAAGUGUACCCUCUGCGAAUACGAAACCAACUACAAAAAUGGUCUGAAAAACCACAUGAAACACAAACACGGGAAAAGGUCCAAGUAUAUGCAGUAUGGCAGCGUUUUUGUCAAAAACAAGUCCCUGAAACAGAACGCCGCAACGCGGCAUCACCAAAGCACCACUUCAAACAGGUAUCAAUGCGAUAUGUGUGAUCUAAACUUUAAAUAUCCGUCUUUGCUCCUUCGUCACCGAAAUAUGCAUACCAAGGAAUUCAAAUGCACUCUCUGCAAAUAUUCUGCAGCACGAAUGGCUAUUUUAAUGAAACACAUGAAAAUGCAUGAAUCAGAUGACGAACAGUCGUCGUCUUCGACGGUGAUUGACAAUUCUACUCCUAGCAGCGAAAACCGUGAACAGACGGAUGUCGAGGAGGAACCGAUAGGGUUCAGUAGAAAUAAUGAAAAUGAAAUUAAAGAGCAAGACCCACCUGAUCUUCAAAUAGAAGACGUGGCAAGACCGGAACCCCAUUCAUCAUUACAUUACAGAUCAAGUCAGGAGAACAUCACUGAUUUAGAAAAUGUUGUAGACAUGGAAGUGAGAAGCGAUGACAGUAGUUCCCCUUCAUCUGUCGUGGGAGUUGAGCCUCCAGAUUUACACCCACUAUCGUCAAGCCAAUCGCGGCCAGUUGGGGCGACUCCAUCUCAUCGGCUAAACUCAAUCCAGGAAGAGGCUCGCCAACUAAGGACGCAAAUUUCCCCAUCAACGACCCUUUCUGGAAUUCUUUCUCUACUGGAGCGUUUACUAGAACUUUCUGCUUCCACCACGAUUGAAAUUCGUGAUUCUGUGAAGUUUGAAAUGCGUUCUCAAGCCAUCGAAUGCUUCGAAUACUUGUGGAGCGCUUCUAAAAUGGCAGUUUGCGUCUGGGAAGACAUUGAAGGAUCGAUGGAAAGCAACCCUUCCCUCAAAGCUGUCCAGUAUGCAUACGAAUUACUUCCUACAUUUAUUAAGUGGCACAAGAUAAAACAUCUCGAAAUGGUGGGACACAUAAUUUUGCUCAGUAUCAACACUGUUAAGAACUCUCAACAUCAGGCAUCGUUGAUCCGACAUCGAGGAGCGGAACGCAAGCGGUUUUAAGGACGAUUGAGGUGCGUACCGCCUCAUGUAUCGAUACGGAAUUGGGAAAAUGCAAAGUCUUUAUAGCCCAGCCGAUGUAUCGUAUCUCAAGUAUUGCGGGAAGGUCUUCGGUCUUUUUGGGUUAAAGGCUCAUAUAUCUCAGUAUCACAAGGCUGGCGGCAAAAUCUAAUUGAACCAACCAUUUGACCAUUCUAAUUCCGUUUAGUAUAUUAGUGUUCUCCUGUAUUUGCUACCUGGGUACUAAAAUUUUAUAACUUGACUUAAACUAGUCGAGGAGAAUUCUUCAUUUUCAGUGUUUGGUUUACGUUUUUAUUUUCCGGCUGUUUAUGAGUUUUGCAAAGAAGUAUUACUAAUUAAGUUCCAGGUACCAUUAUA